AUGUUCUGCUGCUGCUUUCGCACCCGCUCAGAUAGCACGGUCAGUGUCUCCCCCGUGCUCCCCGCCGCUCGUCGCUCAUCGCGUCCUGGCCAGUCGUCCCAGCCAGACGAGCGCACUCGCCUUAUCCCCCAGACCGAAGAACCGGCACCCAUCCGCAAUGCCGUCGUCGUAGACCCCGAGCGCAUGGCCGAGCGCCUCCGGGGCAUCGUCCGCUCCAAAGAGGGCAAGAUGGUCAGCCUGAACACGCCCCUCCCCUUCAACCUCCGCAACAAGGCCCUCACGACCUACUCGGACCCGUCCACGUCCCGCUCAGGCCGCUUCCCGUCCCCGCAGCCGUCGGUCGAGACCGCGCAGACGUCCGACUCGGCGUCCCACGACCCCGAUAACGGCGACGGCGAGGAGCGCUCGGCGCUCAACGUGCGCGUCGUCAGGGUCGUCGGGCCCUCCGCUGCCGGUGCGUUCGCAAGGCGCGGUCGGAGCCACGCGCGGGUGGGCGUCAUCGACGAGCAGGGCGGCCCGUCUGCGGAUGUGCCGGCAGAACGGCCGAUGGGCGAAGAGGUCGUCCGCGAAGGCAGCCCGCCCCUCAACAGCGCGUUCAGCGUCGACGGCGUCGGCUCGCUCUCGAAGAGCUGGGGAGACUGA